AUGCCAUCUUUCUACAACCCUGGCCUCCUUGGCCUGCCACCUACUCCGCCUCAUCUUCAUGGAAACGGCAAAAUGGAACUAGACCCUCCAUUCUUCGUUACUGGUCAUACUUCCUUUCCUCCACGAUAUCCCCAAACUGGCUGUGAAUUCAUCGAACAGUACUCCCAGGCAACCUCUUUUGUCAAGUCGGCACCAGCCAAUUCUCAACAAACCACGAUGUCUAUUCGAGGCGGUCGCGACUAUGCAGCAGCUCUUCACCAGCAACAGCAACAGCAGCAUCAGCACAGCCUAGCUCAGUCGCAAUUGGGAGGUCCCCAGUCUCUGUAUGGAGUGGUGUCGAACAACGUUCCAACUUUGCCCCCCAUUCGAUCGAACUUGCACAUGCCAGCCAGUUCUGAAUCCGCAAUUCCGCCCCAGUACCGUCAUCACGAUGCCCACAUCCCGGCGGAAACCCGUAUCAAGGAGGAAAAGCCUACUGGUGGAGUUGCCGCUCACCUCGAUUACGAGAUGGAUCAGAUGUCCGAUUUCGUUGCCGAAACGGCCCAGGGAAUGUAUGCAUUGUACAGCUCCGGAAUCAAUCUAGAUGAUAUUGACAUGCUUGGAAGCGUCUAUCCAGGACAGACAAUUGUMCCCCCGCCAUUCCGGAAAUACGUACACCAAAUUCUUUCCUCGACGCGUCUCCCUAGUUCGACUAUAUUGCUUGGCCUCUUCUAUUUGGCCACCCGGAUGCGUAUGCUCUCUGCCAAGGGCGUUUAUGCUACUGGUACUGGACAGGUCUACAGAAUGUUAACCACAGCUCUGCUGCUGGGCAGUAAGUUCUUGGACGACAACACUUUCCAGAACCGUUCAUGGGCCGAGGUCAGCAACAUCUCGGUAUCUGAGCUCAACACCAUGGAACUGGAUUGGCUGUUCGCUUUCGAGUGGAAGAUCCAUGAGCGUAUUCACAACAAGAAGGACGGGUUUGGUAUUUGGUUGGCCCGUUGGGAAACUUACAAGACGACUAUGGCCUCACAAAACAAAGUUCGUCAAAAGUUAUCCCCGAUUGACACAAACAUCACGAGGCAACUCACCAUUCCUAAGCCUCUCAUGUCCCCCGACGGUCCGAUCCCCCCGCAAUAUCAACGAACCACUGGGUACGAGAACACAUGGUUGAAUCCUACUGCCUGUGAAUAUUCUCCUCCUUCCGCUCCACACAGUGGCCCUAACACGCCUGACUACUACAAUGGAGGAGCGUGGAUGUAUUCGAAUCCUCCACCUCCAUACACGCGUACAUGGGCUUCACAAACGGAGUAUCCUUCUUUUCCCCACCCUCCUCGUUCACAACCACCGUCGUACCAUCAUACACCAGUGUACACUGCGCCUAUGAAUCACUCCGUCUGGACUGGUCAUGGCUCUUCCUGUGGCUGCAGUUACUGCUUGAAGCAUCAUGAACAUUAUUUUAGCGGUCACACUUUUUCAACCCUUCAACCUAUGGUUGCUGGAUGA